AACCUGGCAUCACUGUUUCAGGCUGUGUGUCAGACACUCCAGAAAGGGAAGCCAAGUCUGCAUUAAUGGAGAACAACAAAAAUACAACAUCACCGGGUAAUAACCUCACCGGAGCCACACCAUCCACCUCCAGACCACCAACAAUGCCGGAAAAUUGCUCGGAUCGGUCUUGGCGUGGUGCACGUGACUGUCCAAACAAUUUACCAUGCCACAUGCUGCCCAGGGAGUGUCUUGACUGUAAUUUUAACUGCAGUUGUGAAUAUGGUCACCACAUCAAUGUUACCUGUCAGCCUAAAAAAGACCUUGACUGUGAGGGUAAGAAAGAGUUGACAGUUGGGAUGGUGUGUAGAUAUUGCUACCAGACAGCUUCGUGGGAGCACACCUGCCUGGGCACUGACCAGUGUCUGGCCGUCACUUCCCCCAGGGAAACAUUUACUUCUAACUGCACGGUGAAGAGUGAGGUGGUGUGCCUGGGUAACCGUGUGUUUCCCAAGAAGCUACCAUGUAACUGGACCUCGGGAUAUAAGUGGUCCACAGCGCUCCUCCUCUCCAUUACUCUCGGAGGAUUUGGUGCUGACAGAUUUUACCUGGGUCACUGGCAGGAAGGUAUUGGCAAGUUGUUUAGCUUCGGUGGCCUGGGUGUGUGGACCAUCAUUGAUGUUAUACUCAUCGCUAUCCGUUACUUGGGACCAGCUGAUGGUUCAUUGUAUAUAUGAACCUAGCAACUGUAUGUUGUAGUCUAGGUGAGUGUUGUGCUGAACUCAGCAGGUGAUGCAUGCUGAACCUAGCAGCAGCUGCAUAUGUGAUGAGCUCAGCAGGUGGUGCAUGAUGAACCUAGCAGCAACUGCAGCUCAGCUCAUCAAGUCCCCCAAAACCAUAUACCUCCACUCCUAUCUAACUCGUUUACACGUGCCUGCUGGAUGUCCAAGCCCCCUACACACAAAACCUUUACCCUCUCCCUCCUACCUUUCCUAUGGUGACUCCUAUCUCACCCUUCUUUCUCUAAGUCAACCUAUUUUUCUCGAUCCUCUCAAUGUCCAGACCAUCUCAACCUCUCUUAAGCCCUCUGGAUAAUACCUCCUAAUCUCCAGUUACAAAUUCCCUGCAUAACAUUCACAUCACACAUUGCCCUCAGACACAACAUCUCCAACCACUGCCUCUAGCCUCCUCCAAACUUCAACAUUCACCACCCAUGCUUCACACCCAUAUAAGUGUUGGUACCACUCUACUCUCAUGCAUACCCUUUUUUGCCACCAUGGAUAAUGUUCUUUGUCUCCACAGGUGGGGGAGGGAAGACAAAACCGCUCCCAAAUAUCUAAACACAUUCACUUCUUCCAUACUCCCUCCCUCCAAUCUGAUAUCCAAUCUUUCAUUGCCUAAAUCAUUUGUUAUCCUCGUCACCUUGCUCUUUCCUAUGCUCACUUUUAGUUUCCUUGUUCUACAUACCUUCCUAAAUUUGUCCACCAACCUUUGCAUCUUCUUUUCAGAGUCUUCCCAAAGCAAAGUGUCAUUAUCGAAAAGCAGCUGUGUUAACUCCCACUUUGUGUUAGGUUCUGCAUAUUUUAAUCCCACACCUCUCCCCAACACUUCACCAUUCUCUUCUUUUAAAGUCUCAUGUAUAGAUAUAUUUCACAACCAUGGUGACUUCACACAGCCUUAUUUUUGCUGGGAAACAGUCUCCCUCUCUCCUAUAUACCCUGAGCCUCACUAGCCUCGUAAAAACUCUUAACUUUAAGUACCCUACCACCUAUUCCAUACACUUGCAGUAUCUGCAACAUUGCUGCCUUAUCCAACCUAUCAUAUGCCAUUUCUAAAUCCAUAAAUGCAACAAAAAUUUCCUUAUCUUUAUCUAAGUAUUAUCACUUAAAUGCCUCAAUGUAAACACUUGAUCUACACAUCGCCCUACCCUAAAACCUCUUUGUUUGUCAGCGAUUGUACUCUCUAUCUUACUCUUAAUUCUUUCAAUAAUAACUCUACCAUACACUUUACCUGGCUUAUUUCUCUAUAAUUUUUACUCUCUUUUUUUGUGCACUUUUCCUUUACAUAAAGGAAUUAUGCAUGCUCUCUGCACCAACCACUCCAAAACUGUAUCCCCACUUGCUUUUAACAUUUCUAUCUUGAUCCCAUCAGUUCAGUUUGCUUUACUCCCUCAUGCACAUCUCGUACACUCAUGUCUGGCUCCUCCUCACUCCUAAAAGAUGUUAUACCUCUCUGGCCAAUGCAUGAAAUCAUAGCUUUUCUUUCUUCAUCAACAUUUAACAACUGCAAAUAUUCUCACCAUCUUCAAUACACCUCCAACUCCCCAUCCGAUAACUCUCCUCUUCUGUUUUUAACUGUCAAAUCCAUUUGUUCCUUAGGCUUUCUCAACUAUUAAUCUCAUUUCAAAACUUUUCUUAUUCUCAGCAAAAUUUGUUAGCAGAACCUCACCCAAUAUCUCAUUUGCUCUCCUUUCACACUCCCUCACCAUUCUCUUAACCUCUCUUUUAUUCUCCAUACGCUUCACCCUUCUUAAAUCACUUCUGCUUUAUAAUAACC